UUGUAAACAAAGCUGAGAAGUUUAUCGAAAUCGUUUUAUUAUUUUGAAAAAAAUCCUUGUUUUAGUUUAAAUCAUGAGUCGUAGAAGGAAAGAUAGUUCGUCCUCCUCGGAGGACAGUAGCAUUGACAGUGAGGAAGAAGCUCGUCGACGUGAUAUUCAGGAACGCGAUGAGUUUUCUCAACGAUUGAAGAAAAAAGAUGAAGGUCGUACCAGGAACGUCGUUGAAUCGACCAGCAGAAAGGCCUACGAAGAAGCAGCUAAACGACUGAAACUCGAAGCAGAUGAUCGAGACAAGUUGUUACCGAAACUAAGAAUUCAGUCACGUCGACAAUAUCUGGAGAAACGUAAGGAUGACAAAGUUGCGGAACUUGAAGCGGACAUUUUGGACGAUGAAUAUCUGUUUGAGGCAUCGGAAAUUACUGAAAGGGAACGGCAGGAUCGAGAGUACAAGAAAAAAUUGCUCCAAAUUGCAAAGGAUCAUGAAAAAGCAAGGGAACUGGAGCGAGUUCAAAGGUACCAUAUGCCGAAAGACAUCAAGAAAGGCGAAAAAGAGGAAUAUGUGGAGGUAGAUGAACGGGAAAAAAUGCCCAAUUCAGAACAGAAAAAAUGGGAAGCAGAACAGUUGGCCUCGGCAGUAUAUAAAUUUGGAUCCAAAGAUGCGAAACAACAGGAAGAGUACGAAUUACUGCUGGAUGAUCAGAUUGAUUUUGUACAGGCUUUACGUCUUGAUGGUACCAAACCCAAAGAGGAGAAACCAUAUGUUUCCGAAGCAGAACGAAAGAAAAUGGAUAUAGAAGAAACGAAAAAAUCGCUUCCGGUUUAUCCGUUCAAGGAAGAUCUGAUAGCUGCUAUUAAAGAACAUCAAAUUUUAAUCAUUGAAGGAGAAACCGGUUCCGGCAAGACUACCCAAAUUCCACAGUACCUUUUCGAAGCAGGAUUCACUAAUGAUGGCAAAAAGAUUGGGUGCACUCAGCCGCGUCGAGUGGCCGCAAUGUCGGUAGCAGCACGUGUGGCACAGGAAAUGAAUGUCAAGCUUGGUAAUGAGGUUGGAUACAGUAUUCGCUUUGAGGAUUGUACAUCCGAGAGGACUGUUAUUAAAUACAUGACGGACGGUACACUUCACCGAGAAUUUUUAUCUGAACCUGACCUAGGGACGUACAGUGUUAUGAUAAUCGACGAAGCUCAUGAGAGAACAUUACAUACGGACAUUCUUUUCGGACUUGUCAAAGAUAUUGUCAGAUUUCGAGUGGACUUAAAGUUACUUAUCUCCAGUGCCACAUUGGAUGCGGAAAAGUUUUCGGAAUUUUUCGAUGAUGCCCCCAUUUUUCGAAUUCCUGGUCGAAGGUUUCCGGUUGAUAUCUACUAUACUAAAGCUCCUGAAGCCGAUUACAUUGAUGCUUGUGUUGUGUCAGUGCUACAAAUUCAUGCAACUCAACCGCUUGGUGAUAUUCUGGUGUUUCUCACAGGUCAAGAAGAGAUUGAAGCAUGUCAAGAGAUGCUACAAGAUCGCGUUAAGCGGCUAGGAUCAAAAUUGAAAGAGUUAUUGAUUUUGCCAAUCUACGCGAAUUUGCCCUCAGACAUGCAGGCUAAGAUAUUCGAGCCUACGCCUCCCAACGCACGUAAAGUAGUAUUAGCGACAAACAUUGCCGAAACAUCUCUCACCAUCGAUAAUAUCAUUUACGUGAUAGACCCGGGUUUCGCGAAACAGAACAAUUUUAAUUCUCGCACUGGAAUGGAAACUUUGAUGGUAGUUCCCAUAUCGAAGGCUUCUGCAAAUCAACGUGCCGGACGAGCCGGUCGCGUUGCACCUGGUAAAUGCUUCCGAUUGUAUACUGCUUGGGCUUACAAACAUGAAUUGGAGGACAAUACCGUACCCGAAAUUCAACGAAUCAAUUUGGGCAACGCCGUGUUGAUGUUGAAAGCAUUGGGAAUCAACGACCUUCUGCAUUUUGAUUUUUUGGAUCCCCCUCCGCAUGAGACAUUAGUGUUGGCACUGGAACAGCUGUAUGCUCUGGGAGCUUUGAAUCAUCAUGGAGAACUUACUAAGCUUGGCCGGAGAAUGGCCGAAUUUCCCGUUGAUCCGAUGAUGGCAAAAAUGCUACUAGCAAGCGAAAAGUACAAAUGCUCCGAAGAAGUCGUUUCAAUUGCCGCUAUGCUAUCCGUCAACGGAGCCAUUUUCUAUCGUCCCAAGGAUAAAAUUAUCCACGCUGACACGGCUCGCAAAAAUUUCAAUCAUCCGCACGGAGAUCACAUUAGUUUAUUACAAGUCUACAAUCAAUGGGCUGAAACGGAUUUUAGCACACAAUGGUGCUACGAAAACUUCAUCCAAUUCCGAUCCAUGAAACGCGCUCGUGAUGUUCGAGAGCAACUGGUCGGUUUAAUGCAGCGAGUAGAAAUUGAAAUGGUCUCCGGUCUGCCAGAGACCACCAACAUCCGGAAAGCUAUUACUGCUGGUUAUUUUUAUCAUAUUUCGCGCCUCUCUAAGGGUGGCAACUACAAAACAGCGAAACACAACCAAGCCGUCAUGAUUCAUCCCAAUUCAGCUCUGUUCGAAGAACUACCACGAUGGGUGCUGUACCACGAGUUGGUGUUCACUACAAAGGAGUACAUGCGAUCGGUGAUUGAAAUCGAGAGCAAGUGGUUGCUGGAGGUGGCACCGCACUACUACAAACCAAAAGAGUUGGAAGAUUCCACCAACAAAAAAAUGCCGAAAACGAUCGGUCGAGCGACUUUAACCGAGGCAUAGUCGGUCGAGUACAGAUUGUAAUAGUUUAUAUAAAGAGUUUUUCAAACUAAAGAGUUAAAAAUCGAA